CCCAUAGCCACCCGGACCCCAUUUUACAAUCUGUCUUUCAUCCAACCAUUUUCUCUGACUGGUCGAAAAUAAAAAGCAAAGAAGUAGAUUGGUUACCAACAGGGAGGGAGGGUGUGACCUCAGAUCAAAACGAGAACACGUUAAUAUUAUUACAUCAUAAAGAAACAAUGUGGAGAAGACUAGCCUCUUCACACCUCAAAACCCUAGCCACCGCCUCCGCCUCCGCCUCCGUCCGAUCCACUCAAUUCCUGCUCCUUAACCGAUCUCCUUCCGCUUCUGUCUUCAAUCGCUAUCUCAGCGCCGCUUCAGUGGAUGGUGCAGUAAAGAAGAGGGUUGAGGAUGUAAUGCCUAUUGCUACUGGGCAUGAGCGGGAGGAGCUUGAAGCUGAGCUUGAGGGAAAGAAACUUCUUGAUAUAGACUUUCCUGAAGGCCCUUUUGGCACAAAGGAAGAGCCUUCUGUUAUCAAGUCCUACUAUGACAAGAGAAUAGUUGGAUGCCCUGGAGGUGAAGGAGAGGAUGAACAUGAUGUUGUGUGGUUUUGGCUGGAGAAAGGCAAGCCUCAUGAAUGCCCAGUGUGCACACAGCACUUUGCGCUUGAAGUUGUGGGCCCUGGAGGACCACCCGAUGGACAUGGCGAUGAUGAUGAUCAUCAUCACUAGUUGCAGCUUUCAAUUUUGCUGUUGGAAUAAAAUAUGAGAAUAUGAUGAGACAAUUUCAAGUAUACAAGUGCAGCUUCGAAGUUCAAAAGCUUUAUUAUGUCUUUUUUUGUAUUUGAUUGGUCCUUUAUUGUUGUGGCUGUUGCUUUGGCAACAAUUGGAAUGGAUCUCCUCUUGUGGUUAUGUAGACAGAGAGGCCACUGGAACUCAGGAUUUUGUUAGGUUCUUUAAAUGCAUUUGCCAAAUAAUCCAUAGCUAAACUUACAUUC